AUGUCCUGCUCCAAUGUCGGCGUGUCCCUCGACAACGCUGACAAAUUGCAAUACGCCGCCAUCGAAAAAAUCCAAAUCGCCAGAAUGAAACGUAUACGCAAGUCUCUCCGGGCCAUCAAAAUUCCGACCAUCAAAAAGGACACACUCGACAGCCUGUCUCUAUCUCUAGGCCCAGAGCUUGAUGUUGGCCGCGACGACGCAUUGCCCUCAUGCAUCUCUAAUACCUUCUUCGCGCCCUGCGACUGGCCGCUUGACGUCCUUGAGGACCGAACCUGGCAUGAAAGAAGAUACUGGUACGACCUGGGCCAAGUGAGGCGCGACCCGGCCAUUUUGCUUCAUUAUAUUCAGGCGACAAUGACCUGGUACGAAGAGUGCCUCGACCGACUGUCAAACUUUGGGCCAGACCUGUGGCACGCUUAUCGGUAUGUGCAAAUCUACUGUCUUCUUGGACACCACAGAACCUUGCUGACAGUCUCUAGUGAUCAGCUGUCCAUCAAAGAGGAGAUCGGCCUAUCCCUCCCGUAUCGUCUGUUCCAAGAGCGCGGGUCGAUCAAGUAUUACCACGAAUACUGCGGCAUGUGGGUAAUGUUUCCCGCACUAGAGACUAAGCUGCCGCACGUGUCCUGUAUCGUUAUCGACUCGGGUGUUCCCGAGGACGACGCCAUCCUGCUCUCCGAGGCCGAGGCCGCCGCCGCUCUUGUCAGGUACCAGCUGCGAAGUCGCACCUUUACCAACCACCAUACAAAACCCGCACUUAUCGCCACCUUGCUGCGGAACCAGACGGCCCGCCUGACCCAGGCCUACUUUGACGGCAAGCAGAACAAGCUAGUCCUGCGCCAGUCGCGGACCCUGGACGUGUCAGGCCCCGAGCCCAGCCCGGACGCCUGGACGCUAGUGCGCUGGAUCGCCAGUCAGCCUGUUGGGGAGACUCGCUACAGCGCGGAGGGCGUUAAUCCGACGAACGCGCGUGGUCCUCCUCCCGCAAAUAUUGCGCCUGGAGUCCUGGUAUAG